CCUGCACCCCGACCAGGUACACCACCAAGCUGUAUACUCUGCUCUGCUACCACUAGUCUCUCUCGCCUACUCUUCUCGAUCUCCAAGCUGCAGCACGUACCGAGUGGACGGAUGUGUACCACCACCGCGCCGCCAUCGGCGCCAACGGUGGUAGUGCCAGGCGGCAAGGGUGGCCACCACGUUUACGUGACGCUGCCCCAUUGCUCGGACGUUCACGUGCACGGAGGCGACGCGGCCGGCGCUCAUUGCCGCCAGCUAAAGUGCCACCUGGGUGACGGCAACGCCGAGCACCUGCCGGUGACUGGUGGAGAGACCGUCCGCGAGGCGGCGGCGCUGUGCCGGCUGGCGUGCCCGAUCGCUCUGACGGCGCUGCUGCUCUACUCCCGCACGGCGCUGUCCAUGCUCUUCCUCGGCUCCCUCGGCGACCUCCCUCUAGCUGCGGGGUCGCUGGCCGUCGCCUUCGCCAACAUCACCGGCUACUCCGUGCUCUCCGGGCUCUCCCUCGGCAUGGACCCGCUCUGCUCUCAGGCGUUUGGCGCCAAGCAGCCGCGCCUUCUGGGCCUCACCCUGUACCGCGCUGUCAUGUUCCUGCUCUGCUGCUCGCUGCCGCUCUCCGCCCUCUGGCUCAACAUGUCAAAGAUCCUUAUCUUCCUCGGCCAGGACCGCGAGAUCACGGAGCUCGCGCAGCAGUAUCUCAUGUUCUCCCUUCCCGACCUCUUCACCUUCUCCCUCAUCCAUCCGCUCCGGGUCUACCUCCGGUCGCAGGGGAUCACUCAGCCACUCACCGCCGCCGCGGGCGCGGCCGUUCUGUUCCACGUGCUCGCCAACUACGUGCUGGUCGGGCGACUCGGGCUCGGCGCCCGGGGGGUUGCCGCAGCUGCAUCCGCGUCCAACUUCGUGCUCCUCGGCGUGCUGCUCGCCUACGUCAGCCGGCGCGACACGGCGUUGCGCGAGGCAUGGGCUCCCACAGCCGACUGGCUCGACGGGUGGGGCCCGCUCGCGCGGCUGGCAGCACCCAGCUGUGUCUCCGUGUGCCUGGAGUGGUGGUGGUACGAGGUCAUGAUCCUUCUGUGCGGGCUCCUGCCGGACCCGAAGCCGGCGGUGGCGUCUAUGGGCGUGCUCAUGCAGACGACGGCGCUGGUGUACGUCUUCCCGUCGUCGCUGGGGUUCGGCGUGUCGACGAGGGUGGGUAAUGAGCUCGGCGCCAACCGCCCAGGCCGCGCGCGCGCCGCUGCCCGCGUGGCCGUGGUCGGCGCCGCCGCGAUGGGGCUCGCGGCCAUGUCGUUCGCCGCGGGCAUGCGCCACGCAUGGGGCCGAAUGUUCACCGCCGACGCCGACAUCCUCCGGCUGACCGCGGCCGCGCUGCCGGUCGUUGGGCUGUGCGAGCUCGGUAACUGCCCGCAGACGGUCGGCUGCGGCGUGCUCCGCGGCAGCGCGAGGCCGUCACGCGCCGCGCACGUCAACCUGGGCGCCUUCUACCUGGUGGGCAUGCCUGUCGCCGUCCUUCUUGCGUUCAGGCUCAGCAUGGGCUUCGUCGGGCUCUGGGUGGGACUGCUCGCCGCCCAGGUGUGCUGCGCCGGGCUCAUGCUGUGCGUCGUGGGAACCACGGACUGGGAGGCGCAGGCGCGGCGAGCGCAGGCGCUGACGUCAAAGACUCCAGGGGCGCCGCCACCAUCGCGAAUCUCCUCUCACCGUGCGAAGGAGCUGCUCUCAUGCGUCGUUGCCACGUUCUUUUCUGGCUAUGUAUCUGAGUUCGUCGACAUAUUCUCCAUGGGCGCGGUGAGGUUCGAGAAGGCAAAUGCCAAGGCGUCGUGCAUCGAUGACUCGAUGAUAUUUAUGCCGUAG